GCUUCAUCGUUUUACUAAGCGGAAUGACAACUAUUGUUGGUUGCGUUGUGAUCAAGUGUACAUGUCGUGUGCCGCUUAGCCAGCAGGAACGCCCUUCACCACGGCCUCGUAACCUACAGUUACAGUAAUUCAAGUUGAUGGUGAGAUUUUGCGACCCUUGGUCGUUGAAAUACAAUGAAACGUAUUAUCCGGAAGUGUAUCCGGAUGGCGGCGAGCAUUUCAAAAGCAAAAUCGCGCGCGGGUGAAAAUUUGGGGAUGAUGGCACCACCACUGAUGUGCCCAUCGUGCUUGAUUCUGCAAGGAGAAAGGGACAAGGAAGAACGUGAUGCACCUCAUCGAUGUGUGUACCGAACGAAGCUCUCCGUGCUCGCCAAGAGGUUUCGGCUGCUUCAAAGGACGCUCGAGCAACAACAAGUCGUGAUUGAGAAACAACAACGCAGGUUGGAACAUCGCCGGUCGAAAGCAAAGCAAGCCUCGCGAAGUGAUCUAGUCCUUGCAGCAAUAAAGCGCAACGAGCGAGCGCAAAAGCACGACGGACAACGUGAUGCAGCAUCCUCACGCGACCAACCCAAACCGAGAAGUUCUCUCGCGGUAGAGAGUUUGGCUGUUGCCACCAAGGAACCUAUGCACCGACAUGGCAGCGAAAACCCCCCACGAUCCUCGUCAUCUGGACAAGUCCUUCAAGUCCAUAACCCUCGAAAACAAGUUGAAGAUGGUUUCAUCUCGGCUCGCCGUCCAAGCGAUGACGACGACACUGACUUGCUUCAUCGACAACGGUUUCCCCCACAGCUUCCUUCCAAGCACGCAGCAUCAACAUCAGUCCGCACAGAUUGUUUCGCUAGUCUAACAAAGUCCAUCAAUCCUCUUGGCGACGCUGCACCAACGAACCCCCGGUCCCUCAAACGCUCAAAGCUCGACCAACCUCUUGUUUCCACCAUCACCCGUCCUCCCUCCACAACGGCGGCAUCAUCCAAGUCUUCCCAUGUCCUCUCGCAUGUCCCCCCCGCCUCCUCCCUUCAUCGAGACAACGUCAACCCUUCCACAAAGCCUCCCGCCGCCUUUAAGUACAUCGAAGUCGUCCGAAAACGCGACGAGCGCAUGGCGCUUCCAGGGCACGCGUGCGACGAAUGUGCGCGGUACUAUGCGGCCCUGGGCGACGAGUUUGACGGCGACCAGUUUGCAUGUUCUCGCCAUCGAGCGAAAUGGGAGCCGUACGCGACACCAGAAGACUUUUGGCGUCUGAGUUUUCCAGAUUCAGCCUCGUAAACAACACAUUAUUGGCGAUUUUUCUUCAAAUUUCC